AUGGUGUUAGGUUCUCCUCCGAGUUUUGCAUUGUCUCAAGUAGGAAGAAACAUUGAGAAACAGAUUAUUGGAAACCAGUUUUUUUAUUUUGAAGGUCUUCAUAGAGAGACCCACGAAGUACAAAGCAAAGAAUUGGUGGAGAAGACAAGUGAAAAUAUGCAUAAGUUUGAGGAAAAAGAGAGACAUGUACCAUUUCAGGAGAUUGCAUCAGUGGAUGAAAGUUCUCUUUCAAUGAAAUAG